AUGGAUCCCCAAAUCGAAGAACUACUCAGCCUGGAGGCUGUUCGCUCCAGGGCGCAUAUUGUCCUCAGAUUGGCCGAACAGGGCAGUUUGAACCACUUCAAUUACCAUAGUGAGCGAAUGGAACAGACCACAGACUAUGUCCUCAAGCUCAUCCAGCGUGAUUUUGGCCCUGAUAGAUACCAUCUCAUCCCACCUCAUGGUCGUUGGCAACAUUUCGAAGUCGGCGGGGUUCCCCGCAUAGACACUCUACUCGCCGAGUGGGAGGGGCAGGGAUGCGACACCACGGAAAAAGCCCGGAGACUGGUUGAUCUUUUCUUUGUUUCUGUUCUUCUUGAUGCUGGUGCUGGAGAUCAUUGGCGUUUCCAGGAGUCGCAGACCGGUCAAACUCUGACGAGGAGUGAGGGUAUUGCUGUGGCUGCGUUGCACAUGUUCCUCAGUGGAGACUUUGCUGAUAAGAGUUCUGACGUGAAGCAUACUGUUCAUGGUGACGCACUGCGCAACAUCAAUGUUGAUAUCUUGUCUCGUGGAUUACAAGUGACCGAGUCCAACCCUAUGGUCGGGGUUCCUGCGCGAACGGAUAUUAUUCGCAAACUUGGAGAAUCUCUUCUCAAUGUGAAAGACGUGUUUGGACCGACUGGUCGUCCUGGUAAUCUGGUUGACUUCCUCCUGAUCAAGUCCAAAGCAAAUGGAGGAAAGCUCGACUACAAAGACCUUUGGAAUGUGCUACAGCGCCUCCUCCUUCCAAUUUGGCCAUCUGACCGGACAAACAUUAACGGUCAACCUAUCGGCGAUGCAUGGCCUCUACGGGCACUUGCUCAGCAGGCUGGGGCCGAAUCGAAGCCAUUCUCUAAUAUCCAACCUUUCCAUAAGCUGACUCAGUGGCUGGCAUAUUCAUUGAUGGUUCCAUUCUCCCGUCUACUCUCAGUUUCAUGGACUAAUACUGAGCUCGGCACUGGCUUACCUGAGUAUCGUAAUGGUGGACUGUUCGUUGACAUGGGUGUUCUCGAACUGAAGCCCGAGGCCUUGAAACGCGGACUUGAGUUGUCGGGUGGUAGUUUGCCUUCUUAUGGAGCGGGUGAUGACGAGAUUGUUGAAUGGCGGGCCAUAACUGUUGCCCUUUUGGACGUGCUGCAUGUGAAGAUUCUCGAGCGUCUCGAUGGUGUUACGCUUUCUCUGCCUCAGGUGUUGGAGGCUGGCUCUUGGAAAGCAGGACGAGAGCUUGCGGCAGCUAAUCGUCCAGAGACCAAGUCUAGUCCUAUUUUGAACUUUGGAGAUGGUACUUUGUUCUAA